UAUAAACUCCAUGGUUGUUAUCAAAGCUUGGCACAUUGCGCUCGCUCCUACACGUACUAAUACCCUAGUACCAGGAGUGGCUGCUCACCCAAACUCGGGGCCCGGCCAUCCACCUAGCUAGCUGCCCAUUUAUGCCUCAUCCUCAGUUCCUGCUCACUCCUUCCCUCCAUCAUUGAUCGAGGUUGGUCUAGUAGUAGAGAGCACAGCUAGCUGCUCCAUCAGAGAGUUAGAGUUAGAGAGAGCUAGAAGAGAGAUGGCGGCGAGCGGCGGCGGGGGAGAGGAGGCGCUGAGGGAGGCGCUGCUGCUGGCUCCUCCGGCCGGCGACGGGAACGGGAACGGCAAGGUGGAGAAGCAGGUGGAGGACCUGGAGGAGAUCCGGAGCGUGCGGGCGUUCCUGCGGCACGCGGCGGAGGAGAACCGGAGGCUGUGGAGCCUGGCGGGGCCCGCCAUCUUCACGUCCAUCGCGCAGUACUCGAUGGGCGCCAUCACCCUCGUCUUCGCCGGCCACCUCAGCACGCUCGAGCUCGACGCCAUCUCCACCGAGAACAACGUCAUCGCCGGCCUCGCCCUCGGCCUCACGAUGGGCAUGGGGAGCGCGCUGGAGACGCUGUGCGGGCAGGCGUACGGCGCGAAGCAGCUGCACAUGCUGGGCGUGUACCUGCAGCGCUCCUGGAUCAUCCUCAACGCCUUGGCCGUGCUCAUGCUCCCGCUCUACCUCUUCGCCGCCCCGGUCCUGCGCUUCUUCCACCAGGACGCCGAGAUCGCCGCCCUCGCCAGCAGGUUCGCGCUCUACAUGAUCCCGCAGCUCUUCGCCUACGCCUGCAACUUCCCCAUCCAGAAGUACCUGCAGGCGCAGGGCAAGGUAAUGGCCAUGGCGGUCGUCUCCGCCGUCGCGCUCGUCUUCCACGUCGCGCUCAGCUGGCUCCUCGUGGGGCCCAUGGGAAUGGGGGUCGUCGGGCUGGCCGUAGCGCUGAACGCGUCGUGGUGGUUCGUCGUGCUGGGCCAGCUCGCCUACAUCCUCAUGGGCUACUGCCCCGGCGCCUGGAACGGCUUCGACUGGCUCGCCUUCUCCGACCUCUACGGCUUCGCGCGCCUCUCCGUCGGCUCCGCCGUCAUGACCUGCCUGGAGUUCUGGUUCUACAUGUUCCUCAUCGUCAUCGUCGGCAACCUGGAGAACGCCCAGGUCGCCGUGGCGGCAGUCUCCAUCUGCACGAACCUGUUCGGGUGGCAGAUCAUGGUGUUCUUCGGCUUCAACGCGGCCAUCAGCGUGCGCGUGUCGAACGAGCUGGGCGCCGGCCGCCCGCGCGCGGCCAAGUUCGCGAUCCUGGUGGUGCUCAUGUCGUCGGUGGCGAUCGGGCUCGCCUUCUUCGCCGCCAUCCUGGCGCUCCGCGACGUCUACGGCGCGCCCUUCACGGAGAGCCCCGAGGUGGUGCGCGCCGUGGCGAGGCUCGGCGUCGUCUUCGCCUUCUCGCUGCUGCUCAACAGCGUGCAGCCGGUGCUGUCGGGGGUCGCCGUCGGCGCCGGCUGGCAGUGGCUGGUGGCGUACGUCAACCUGGGAUGCUACUACCUCAUCGGCAUCCCCGUCGGGUACCUCAUCGCCUUCCCGCUCCGCGGCGGGGUGACGGGGAUGUGGGGCGGCAUGCUCAGCGGGGUCGGCCUGCAGACGCUGAUCCUGGUCGCCAUCACCAUGCGCACCAACUGGGACAGGGAGGCCAGCGAGGCGCACUCCAGGAUACAGAAAUGGGGUGGGUCGGCCGCUGUCAAAGCUUUGGGUGAGUAAACUGAACUGAACUGAAGACGGGCGACAUGUGUGUAGAAAUGAGAACACCUGCCAGCAUGCGAGCAAAAGUUGCAUGGGGGCAGUAAGCUUUGGCUUGUUGGUUUCUGGCGAGGGAACGGACACGGUGCUUGAGAUCCGACGCCUGCUUGGGUUGUAUCUCGUGCAGGUGGUGUUCUUCGUGCUGCUUAAUAUUUGAGGUGUAUAUGUAAGUACGAACAACGAUAGGUUGCGUGUGAUAUACAUCAUGUUUAGAUACAUAAUAAAAUAUAUCUAUUUAGAAAAGUCAAAAUGACUUACGAUUUGAAAUGGAGGGAGUAGUUGAGAUCGUUAUUAAAAAACAUGACUAUUUGGUCACUUCUUAAAAAUGUGAAAUUCUUUCCUAUUCCAGUU